CAAGCAUGUUUGCAGAUUCCUCAGAAAAUUUCUGAAGAAUGAAGAUUUUGAUAUUGGUUGAUUUUAUCCUUGCAGCUAGCUUGGUGGACGGCACUGACAGCUCUGAUCUACAGAACUGUUUUCAAGAACAGUUGCGACUUCAGGCCCAGGUGAGACUUCUGGAACAUCGUGCGAAACAGCAGCAGUUGAAAAUUAUACAGCUUCUAGAGAAGAAAGAGAUUCAGUACAAUGAUGGAGGAGAUGAAAACAAAGUCAUUGACUUGGGAGGAAAAAGACAGUAUUCAGAUUGUGCAGAAAUCUACAAUGAUGGACACAAGCAAAGUGGAUUUUAUAAGAUGAAACCUGUCCAGAGUCCUAAUGAAUUCCUUGCCUUCUGUGAUAUGUCUGAAGGGGGUGGCUGGACUGUUUUUCAGAGACGUUCGGAUGGCAGCCAGAAUUUCAAUAG